AUCGCUCCAGGCUCAUGUCAACCUCAAUCACAUCUGCUCUGAGCCAUUGUCUGGAAGAAUCGAUCAGCCGCUCUCAGAAACCAGCACCUCACGAUCCAUUACCUAUCCCCAUGCCAUCCAAACCCUCCCCCAGGCACCUUCCCUCCGCGCAGCAACCACCUCAGCCGAUCCCCCCGUGACGUCACCGCGCGCAUACCGACGGCGCAUCUCCAAGACCAUAACGAUCUCCAUCUCCCUUUCCUCCCAUCCCUACAAUCCAUCCUCUCCAGCUCAGCAGUGCUACCCAACCGGCAUCAACUGCAAUCAAUUCUUCCACCCUACCGUCAGUAAACUCACAAAACCACCUCGUUUCCAGCUCAACACCACCUCAGCCAAACCCACCGCUCCAACCCGUCGCAACCAACCAACUCCCAGUCAGCCAAAAUGGCAUCCUUCCUCCUCUCCCGUACAACCACCACUAUCCUAGGCACCGGCCUGGGACUCGGUCUCACUUUGUCCCUUCAUCCACUGUCCCCCUUCCGUGCCGCUCCAAUGCAAUGCCAAUACAAUGCUCCCUACUCCCGCACCGACACUCAGAUCUCUCCGGACUCGGGCUGGGCCAUUGACUCCCAAGACCCAUUAUUGCGCAAGCAGGGCGCAACAAAAUCAGGGAGCGGGAUUCUGACGGCCUCCAACAUGCGCCAGGUGAGCUUGGGGAGCGUGCUGGGACUUGUCGUUGGGAUGGGGCUGAAUGCGUUUUCGAGAGUGUUGGUGGUUUUGUUGGGGAUGGGGAUCGUCGCGGUUGAGUGGGCUGCAGCGAGAGGAUAUAAUCUGCUUCCUGUCAACUCUGUCCAGAAGUAUGUCAAGCGCGUGGAUCUGCAGAAGGCCGUGUCGCAUCAUAUUCCGUUCAAGAUGAGUUUUGGAGUCACGAUGGGUCUGGCUGCGUUUGCGCAGUUUUAGGUCGGUCGUUAGAAUGAAAUAUGUCGGGGGAGUGUGCUGCGUGUAGAUAUCUAUGUUGUUUAGUCGUACGCAAAAGAACGAACCCCCAGACUUGGAUUAGUUAGUCAAUUGCCGAUAACUAUACUAUGUUAUGUUAUACAGGGUAUCACGGGUU